GGUGAACCCGCUAGCCGCCCAGAUGUACAGCAUGAUGAUGGAAACCGACCUGCACUCGCCCGGCGGCGCCCAGGCGCCCACGAACCUCUCGGGCCCGGCCGGGGCGGGCGGGGGUGGUGGUGGGGGCGGGGGCGGCGGCGGCGGCGGGGGCACCAAGGCCAACCAGGAUCGGGUCAAGCGGCCCAUGAACGCCUUCAUGGUGUGGUCCCGCGGACAGAGGCGCAAGAUGGCCCAGGAGAACCCCAAGAUGCACAACUCGGAGAUCAGCAAGCGCCUGGGGGCCGAGUGGAAGGUCAUGUCCGAGGCCGAGAAGCGGCCGUUCAUCGACGAGGCCAAGCGACUGCGCGCGCUGCACAUGAAGGAGCACCCGGAUUACAAGUACCGGCCGCGCCGUAAGACCAAGACGUUGCUCAAGAAGGACAAGUACUCGCUGGCCGGCGGGCUGCUGGCGGCCGGCGCAGGUGGCGGCGGCGCGGCCGUGGCCAUGGGCGUGGGUGUGGGCGUCGGGGCGGCGGCCGUGGGCCAGCGCCUGGAGAGCCCCGGCGGCGCGGCGGGAGGCGGCUACGCGCAUGUCAACGGCUGGGCAAACGGCGCCUACCCCGGCUCGGUAGCCGCGGCGGCUGCGGCCGCGGCCAUGAUGCAGGAGGCACAGCUAGCCUACGGGCAGCACCCGGGCGCGGGCGGCGCGCACCCGCACGCGCACCCGGCGCACCCGCACCCGCACCAUCCGCACGCGCAUCCUCACAACCCGCAGCCCAUGCACCGCUACGACAUGGGCGCCCUGCAGUACAGCCCCAUCUCCAACUCUCAGGGCUACAUGAGCGCGUCGCCUUCGGGCUACGGCGGCAUCCCCUAUGGCGCCGCAGCAGCCGCCGCCGCCGCGGCGGGCGGCGCGCACCAGAACUCGGCUGUGGCGGCCGCGGCGGCUGCGGCGGCCGCAUCGUCGGGUGCCCUAGGCGCCCUCGGCUCGCUGGUCAAGUCAGAGCCCAGCGGCAGUCCGCCGGCCCCCGCGCACUCGCGGGCGCCCUGCCCCGGGGACCUGCGCGAGAUGAUCAGCAUGUACCUGCCCGCCGGCGAGGGUGGCGACCCGGCGGCGGCAGCGGCUGCCGCGGCCCAGAGCCGGCUGCACUCGCUGCCACAGCACUACCAGGGCGCGGGCGCGGGCGUCAACGGCACGGUGCCCCUGACGCAUAUCUAGCGCCGCGGGGACGCCGGGGACAGUGCGGCUCCAGGCCGCCGACCCGGCGACGAAGAGCGUGAGGCCUGCGCCGGAGCCUCCAGAGCUCGACUUUGUACAGACGUCUCCACGUUUUUGUCAAAAGACCGCUCUGGAGAUCGGAGCACUAGGUGACACCUGCCCCCUCUCACCUUUUCCCGGGACUCCGAGGCGCUGACACCAGACUGGCGUCAGAGACAGAACUUUGGUGUUUUCACGAGACCUUUUGUACAGUAUUUAUCGUCCGCAGAGGAGGCACACAGCGUUUUCUCGGCUCGGGAGGACAAAGGACAAAACCCAGCGAGGCAAUGCCAACUUUUGUAUGACUGCCGGCUCUGUAACUUUCCCCGGGCUUUACCUCCCGCCGGCUCUACUGCCUGAGGCCAAGUGACGGACCUCGAGCUGUUCUCACUUGUUACAAAUGUAGUAAGGCAGAUCCAAACAUUUACAAGUUUUUUGUAGCUGUUACCGCUCUUUUGGGUUGGUUGGUUCAUUUAUACCGCGGUCCCCUCUCAGACGGUGGAGAUAUAUUCUGGGUUUUGUAAAACUCUGUAUCCGAGCAUUUCCAUUUUUUUUGUUUUGUUUUGUAUUAUUUCUUGUAAAUGCGUUGUGACAUUUUUAUUUUAGGCGUUGCGGUACGGGGGGGAGAGGAGUCAGAUUAUGUACAUAGCCUGCAAGUCUUUCAUCUAAAAAAAAAAAGAAAGAAAAGAAAAACAAGAGAUUUCCCCACCACCACCAAAAUGCAUCAAAAUUUGAAUCAAUACUUUGAAGAGAGAGAAGCCCGUUUCCCUAUGAAAUUGAAACGUGCUAAUUUUAUAUGCAUGAUUUAUGAGUUCAAAAUACAAUUAGCAAUCUGUUGGAGGAAAAUUACCAAUAGGGCCCAAGGGUAAGAGAGCCCCGCUGAACGGAGGGCAGCGCUUCAGUGGCUUUAUUCAGUGGGAAAAGAGAAAGCUAAACUCCGUGGAUUAUUCUGUGAGUUGACGUUAACACAGAAGGGAGAAACUACAAAACCCUUCCUAAUGGUUUCACAUUUUAACCGCCGCGGCCCUGGCACAGUUUUUGCAUUUUAUUUUUGCUGUGGCUCUGCCCUUCACCUACUGUAGUAGUUUCUGAGGCAGCUUGGUCCUGGUUGGGAGGAGAAAGGACAGUACUCAAUGGUGGGACUGGUGGGAAGAGGCCAGGGAUGGGGGACCACGACCACCACCAAGACAGCGUGCCUUUGAUAGCUCUGUAAUUGGGAUUGUAAGUGAAAUUACCUUCCUGUGGUUCGAGGAAGCAAUCCUGACCCAGAACGCACCACCAGAGUGUCCCUCACCCAAAUCCUACCCAAACAUCUCCCCCUUCCUCUCUGGGAAAAUGCAACAUGAUUUCGCUGAUUUUCUUACACACACACACACACACACACACACACACACACACACACUCACAGAGAGAGAGAGAAAGAACCGACCACCCCCUCUCCUGUGUGAAACGGGAUGCAGGUUGCUAGGGAAUGUAAACACAGAAUACGGUGUUUAUUAUUCCUGACCAGAUCUUGAGGUUGUUUGAUGCUUUAAAUAUUUUUAAUUAUAUUUUUUCUAGGUGUUUAUUGGUACAUUGCAGGGUUUUUUUUUCUGGAAUUUAAAGUUUUCUGUAAAACUUCGUCUUCAAGUAAUCUGACAGCAUUAAAUAUUGCAUUUAAAAGCUAUACUGCAGUAAAUAUGUUUUGAAAUUAAUCAUGACAUUAGAAUGAAAUUCUAUUUUUGAAGGAAAUUUCCCUUAAGUCCAGAUGAGAAAUAAUACUAAUUUCAGAAUCCUUUCCCCUCAUUUCCCCCCACUUCCUUUUCCUUUUUUCUUUCUUUUUCUUUUCUUUCUUUCUUUUUUUUUUUUGAAUGAGUAUGAACUAGCCAUUUGAGAGUGGACUUACUCUAUCAUUUCAGCAAGACCUUAGCUCAGCCUACAUUGGAGAAUAUCUUUCCGUAUAAAUGCUAAUCUUACAAAGCGACAUGUGUGAUUAAAAAAAAAAAAGUCAUUUUGAUGAUUUUGCUUAAACCCCUCACUCCUUAAAGUGAUUGCAAGAGCUCCGAGAACACUGCCCACUACUUUCUGAUGAGGUAUUAAAAGGACGCCUGUUUUUGUUUUUCCUCUCUUCAUUUUUCCUUUAGGGUUUUUGCUCUGUUGUUUCCAGAAUGGCUUUGCUUGCUUAGGAGUCCAAGAAGGAGCUGAGGCACUCGGGCAGUCCGGGAAGAAGAGCCCAGUAACCUCCUUGGGGAAAUCCUAGGGUACUUUCGGGGUCCAGCCCACCUUCCCCUUAAUACACAAGGGCCUUUGCUGACUGGUCCCCAACACCAAGGUCUUCUUUCUGUAGUGGAGGCAGGAAUAGCCACACUCACCUCUGUCAAGCCUGGGCUUCUGGGCUUCCUUGGCUGCAGGCAGCUAGCCCAGGGCUCAUCGCCAUAGGAGUUAGGGCCCAUUGUAAGUGAAGCGCCACACAUAAAGUUAGUCAUCUAGCGAUCACCAGACGGCUCAGCCCCCUCAUUUUUUUGUGUGUGUUGUGUGUUCCCGGCUUGAACUCCACCCAGUGAGCUGGGAUGCUUUGUGCCAGGCCUCCACACCACCUUCCUCUGGGUUCUGCUGGUGUGAAAGACGAGGAGAAAUUCUCUAAUGACUUAAUUUGAAAAUAAAGCAGGAGGAUUAAGGGGGACUCCUCUCCAAAUGGGGGCCAGAUCCGGGCAGGCUCUCUCCAGUUUAAGUAAGUGGAGAGGAUUUUCACCUAGGCCUUACUUGGAGCACACAACUCAAGGAUAAAUGCAGUUCCUAACCAAGCAAUGCACGUUGGUGUUCAAGUGAGAUUCUUUGUGGUCAUUAUUACAUGAUAAUUCACUUCCAAUGCACGGGCGGCGUUCCGUUCCAUUGGUGCAAUUUUGUUUAAAAUCUCUGUGGAGAGCGGGGCAGAAUCUUUGUCAAGCCUGGAUAAAGUUUGCGUAACUUUGUGUAGGGCACCUGGGUGGCUUC